AUGGUUCGAUUUUUUUGGGCUGCGCUUUGGGCGCUUACUCUUGGCCAGGUCGUCAUGGCCGUGCAACAGAUAUUGGCCCCUCGUGCGACAGGAAGUUUGGAUAUCUGGUUGGCGACUGAACGCGUGGUGGCAAGGCAGGGUAUUCUGAAUAACAUCGGAUCGGCUGGUGCCUAUGCUGCGAAUGCAAAGCCAGGCAUUGUAGUCGCCAGCCCGAGUACCUCUAACCCUAAUUAUUAUUAUACUUGGACUCGAGACUCGGCCCUGGUGUUCAAAACUUUGAUCGAUCUGUUCAAGAACGGCGACAGCGCUUUGCUAGAUGUGAUUGAAGAAUACAUCAAUGCGCAGGCCUACAUACAGACGGUGUCAAAUCCCUCUGGAGAUCUUUCGGGUGGCGGUGGAUUGGGCGAGCCCAAGUUCAAUACCGAUGAGACAGCUUUCACAGGCUCUUGGGGUCGCCCCCAGCGUGAUGGACCAGCCUUGCGAGCCACUGCAUUGAUUUCGUUUGGCCAAUGGCUUAUGGAUAAUGGAUACACCACCUAUGCGACCAACAUUGUCUGGCCCAUUGUACGCAACGAUCUCUCCUAUGUUGCCCAGUACUGGAAUCAGACCGGAUUUGAUCUCUGGGAGGAAGUUUCCGGCUCGUCAUUCUUUACCAUCGCGGCUCAGCACCGCGCCUUGGUGGAGGGAAGCACGUUCGCAAGGCAAGUCGGGGUUUCAUGUUCGUCCUGUGACUCUCAGGCUCCGCAGGUCUUAUGCUUCUUACAAUCCUUCUGGACUGGAUCCUACAUUCUGGCCAACUUUGGUGGUGGCCGCUCUGGCAAAGACGCCAACACCCUGCUUGGCAGUAUUCAAACCUUUGACCCGGAGGCAGGAUGUGAUGACACCACGUUCCAGCCUUGCUCAGCUCGUGCACUCGCGAACCACAAAGUUGUGACUGAUUCAUUCCGGUCGGUCUACUCUCUCAACUCUGGUAUCGCUGCGGGCAAGGCUGUGUCUGUUGGUCGAUACCCAGAGGACUCCUACUACAAUGGUAAUCCUUGGUACCUGUGCACUUUGGCUGCAGCCGAGCAGUUGUAUGAUGCUAUAUACACGUGGAACCAGAUCGGUUCUUUGACAAUCACAUCUGUCUCUUUGAGCUUCUUCAAGGAUCUGUACAGCUCCGCUGCGCCUGGUACCUACUCCUCUUCUAGUGAUACGUACGCCUCGAUCGUGAGUGCUGUCAAGACAUAUGCAGAUGGAUACGUUCGUGUUGUGGAAACAUACGCUCCCUCCAGUGGCUCCUUGUCCGAGCAAUUCUCCAGGUCCGAUGGCUCGCAACUCUCAGCCCGUGACCUGACCUGGUCCUACGCAGCCCUACUUACCGCCAACGAACGUCGGAAUGCCAUCGUUCCUGCACCAUGGGGUGAAACUUCUGCCAGCAGCGUUCCUGGACAAUGUCAAUAUACGUCGGCUGUUGGUACUUUCAGCAGUGCCACCAACACUGCCUGGCCCAGCACUUUGACGAGUGGGUCAGGCAGCGGAACUACGACCGGAUCAGGCGGUGCAACUACCACCAAGACGACUCCUGCCACGAAGACUACCUCAACGAUAACAUCUUGCACCACGCCAACUGCUGUUGCAGUGACCUUCAACGUGAUUGCCACUACUUUAUAUGGCCAAAACAUCAAGCUUGCUGGAUCUAUCUCUGAGCUUGGCUCUUGGUCCCCAAGCAGUGCUAUUGCGCUGAGCGCUUCUUCAUACACUACCAGCAACCAUCUAUGGUUCGUGACUGUGACUCUUCCAGCGGGCAUUAGCUUCACCUAUAAGUUUAUUCGGGUAGUGAGUGAUGGAACGAUUACGUGGGAGAGUGACCCGAACCUGUCGUAUACUGUUCCCGCCACCUGUGGUGCCACAGCUGUGACGGUUAACAAUACCUGGAGGUGA